AAAGAGAGCACUGAGUGAUGUUUCCGAACGCACCUUCUAACAUAACCUGUUGGGGAGAUUGUUUUGAUUGUCGUGAUUUCAUCGCAGCCAAAGAUCUCACGGGAUAUGAAUUGCGAUAAUAAAGAUACGCGAUAGUAACGAAAAUGGCUGCUUCUUAUCUAAGCGUGAGUGAUAUCGUUCACUUGAAUGUUGGCGGUACUAGAUUUUCCACAUCCCGCCAAACACUGACAUGGAUCCAGGAUUCAUUCUUCACAGCUUUGUUAAGUAAUAGGAUUGACAGUCAUAAGGAUGAAACUGGUGCUCUUUUUAUAGAUAGAGACCCAAAACUAUUCUCUAUUAUAUUAAAUUAUCUGCGUACAAAGGACAUUGAUUUGAGAAGCAUAGAUAUCCGUACUUUGAGGCAUGAGGCUGAAUAUUAUGGUAUUACUCCUUUGGUUAAGCGCUUGAUGCUCUGUGAAGAUUUGACUCAGUCAUCCUGUGGCAAUGUAUUGUUUUAUGGCUAUUUACCACCUCCAAGUAUUCCUCUCCAAGAGCCUGUGACAGUAACAUCGAAUGUUAGUGAUGUAUCUGUUCAUAUUAGAGUUGUAUCUAAUACAAACUCCAGGAUUGAUGGACCAUCUACCUCACAAUCUACAAUUGCUGCUAGUUCCAUUAAUCAAAAUGUUACUACUGGUCAACAAAAUCAUAAAGCAACUCUGGGAACUCACAUAAGGAAUUCCUCUUUAGAUUACCGAUUACCACAGCGUGGUCUCCCACAUUCUCGCACACCAUCCUUAGAUCUGAGACAUGUUAGAAACAAUUCGGCAGAUUUAAAUAAAUUAUAUAGAAACGACGUUAGUUUGGUAUUUGGGCAACAGCAAGUUUCGUCAUGGGUGGAUCCAUUAAGGGUGCAAAUCAUAAAGGCACAUCACAACUGGAUAGUGAUCGCUUACGCGCACUUUAUAACAUGCUACCGACUGAAAGACUCGUCCGGAUGGCAACAUGUGUUCACCAGUCCGCACAUCGAGUGCAUAAUAGAGCGUGUGGCUAUAAACGCAAAGAUGGGCGUUUCCGAUGGUAAAAUGGUCGCCAUAUCCUAUGGCAGCCAAGUAAGGCUUUGGGGCGUAUCGGAGGAAGGGAUCAGUAGAUUGUCUAAAGUAGGCACGUUCAAUUUGAACGUACGCGUGGAGUAUCUGUUCUUUAUCGGCAGUCAGUUGGUUGCAUUAUCGCCAACCGGAAAAAUCGGUGUAUGGCAUGCGAUGACUCAUCACUGGCAGAUACAGGAUGUAGUACCUAUCCUGUCUUUUGACACGGCCGGGUCCUUCCUCCUGUUAGGUUGUAAUAACGGGUCCAUUUAUUAUAUCGAUAUGCAAAAGUUUCCUUUGCGGAUGAAGGAUAACGAUCUACUCGUAACUGAAUUAUAUCGUGAUCCAAGUUGCGAUCCCAUAACUGCGAUAUCUGUAUAUUUGACGCCGAAAACAACACAAGGUCUUUGUGGGAACUGGAUAGAAAUUGCAUACGGCACGAAGUCUGGCAGUGUCAGAGUAAUCGUGCAGCAUCCGGAAACCGUAGGUCACGGUCCGCAGUUAUUUCAAACAUUCACAGUGCAUCAAAGCAGUGUAACUAAGGUGACACUUUCGGAAAAAUACCUGGUAUCAGUCUGCUCGGAAUAUAAUCAUGUGCGGAGUUGGGCGGUGACCAGAUUUCGCGGAAUGAUCUCAACUCAACCAGGGUCAAUGCCUGAGGCAAGCUUCAAAAUCGUUUCCUUGGAAGCAAUCGAUCCUUGCGUCAGCUACAAUGCCGGCAACGAUUUCGGUCCGUUUGGUGAGCAAGACGACGAGCAAGUAUUUGUUCAGAAAGUUGUGCCCGAAACUGAUCAAUUGUUUGUUCGAUUGGCGUCAAAUGGAAAAAGAGUUUGUGUAAUUCAGUCAGUGGACGGCAGCAUAAUAAGCUCUUUCUACGUGCACGAAUGUGAAGGCAUGGGCUCAAGGCCCAGGCGUUUCAUAUUUACUGGCCAUUCUAACGGCACUAUACAAAUGUGGGAUCUCACAACGGCAUUGGAUCCGUCUUUCAAUGCCAUUCAAGAUUUCUCUGGUGGACCUACGCCAGAAGAGCUUUGGAAACUGUUGGAUCAAUGCGACCUCAGCAACAGUCAUUGCUCAACACCUUGCAUCAGUCCCUCCCCUUCGUUGAUUGCGACCGGACCUAGGAUUAAGACGAGUAAUGUCUUGUUCCUUAAUCAGUCACAGAAUCCGGACGUAAUGCCUGGACCGAGUCAAACGUAAGGACGUAUUUAAUUGAGGUAUCUGGCACGAACGGAAACUGAAUAUAUCUGGCGGUUUAUAACCGCGGAUAUAGAGAUAUGCGCUAACACAUAAACAGAAUCUGCAUUUAUCUAGUUAUUAUUUAUUUAUUUAUUGACAAACCAAACACGCUAUAAACCGUCGAAAACAAGUCUGUAUAAUUAUAGUUCCUAAAUCAAUAUCUUUGCAUUCAUGCGCAUAAAAGAGACUAUUCUGCUCUACAAACUCUAUACAUGAGGUUUGUUAUUUAUCUAUUUAAGUAGUGCAAUCUGAAAAUAAUAUGACAAAGAGCAUGACUGUGCGUUAUAUAAGCUUUACAGCUGUAUAUUUAAUUAUAAACUCAUUAUAUUAGUUAUAUAUUCAUGUUGAUAAUAUUACUUUAGCGUAAGCGGAUUUUAUGCAAAUGAAUGUCUAUAAGGUUUAUUUUAAGAGAGUUUGGUAAUAUGGCUAAAAUGUUCUCGAGAAAAUCGUGUUUGCAUUUGUUGUUAUUAAUAUAAUUAAAUUUUUUAUAAACUCUAACAAAAGUCGUAAAAUUUUAAACAUAUAUGCAUAUGCUCUUUUAUUAUUUAUAUCGUUAUUCCUAUCAGAGCAGUUAUCAAAUUCUCUUAAGAAAGUUCGAUUUUACGAUAUUCAUUGUUUCAAUAUAAACUUUUAUACAUUGUCGUACAUAAGCUCGUUUAAUGAAAAAUAAGUAUAAGAUCGUCUAGGUAGAGGGGUAUAUAUUCAGUAAAAUCUCAUUGACUGAUAGAUAAUACGAGAGUUAAAAAUGUAUGUGUUUUGUUUAGAAUUAUAUAUUCUGUAUUAAUGUUAUACAAAAAACGAAGAUAAUCGUACAAAGAAACGCGCCAUUUUCUCGCGAUGUAUUGAAACAAAAUUAACAAGUCCUAAAGUAAAGGAAGCUAUCGAUAUAAGUCGGUGUGAACAUUGUUAUAUUAAUUUACGCAUAGCAUGCGACCUGCAUUUUUACCUCAACUGUAAAACACUUAAUAAUAUGUCAACACUGUAUCACUAUCAACACUUCAUAUCCCUGAAUAUAUAAUUUCAAAAGUUGAUUUCA